UUCUAACUAUUCGAAGCAGUUAUCUAAUUCACGCUUAGUUCUCCGGAAAACAGAUAUCACCACUUGAUACGAUAUGACGAAUUCCAAUAAGUCGGAUCCUUUUUAUUACUCUAUGAGCGGUAUCAGAGAAGAAGAUGAGAAAUUGUUGGAACCAAUUAGGUACAUUCUUCAAGUUCCUGGAAAACAAAUAAGAGCGAAAUUAGCAAAGGCUUUUAAUUACUGGCUGAGAAUAUCAGACGAGAAACUUCAAGCGAUUGAUGAUAUAGUAAAUAUGCUCCACAAUUCGAGCAUUGUGAUUGACGAUAUUCAAGAUCAUUCUAUUAUGCGCAGAGGUAUUCCCGUUGCACAUUCAGUUUACGGAAUUGCUAGUGCAUUAAGUGCUGCAAAUUACUUAUUAUUUAUUGCUUUGGAACGAGUUGUUAACUUACAACAUCCAGCGGCAACGAAAGUAUAUAUGGAACAACUCCUGGAGCUUCAUAGGGGUCAGGGAAUGGAUAUUUUUUGGAGAGAUAAUUUUAUCUGUCCAACUGAGGAAGAUUACAAGACUAUGACAAUAAGAAAGACUGGUGGGCUUUUUAACUUGGCGGUAAGAUUGAUGAAAUUGUUCUCAACUUGUGAAGAAGAUUUUUCUUCAAUAAUAGCUACUUUAGGAUUAUACUUUCAAAUACGUGAUGAUUAUUGCAACUUAUGUCUCGGGGAGUACACCGAGAAUAAAAGUUAUUGUGAAGAUUUGACCGAAGGAAAAUUUAGCUUUCCAAUUAUCCAUGCGCUUAUGAGCAAUCCUGAUGAUAGGCAGAUAAUAAAUAUUUUAAGACAACGAACAAAGGAUAUUGAGGUGAAACGUCAUUGCAUUAAAUUAUUGGAAAGAUUUGGCUCCUUUAAAUACACGAGAAACGUACUCGAAGAACUGGACUCGACUGCAAGGGCUGAAAUUGAACGUUUAGGUGGAAAUCCACUCUUAGUGAAGAUUUUGGAUGAACUGAAGAAUUGGGAUACUAUAGAUGCGCCUAAAGACCUCUUAACUGGAACGUUUUAAAUAAAAAAUUGUUUAUUUUUUGCAAAGUAAUGAGCAUAGCAUAUAAACUUUUUUCAUAAUAUAAAAUAGUUGAAUUAAUAAUGCAAGCAAAGGAAUAAUAUAUAAGAGAUUAUAUAAAAACAAAUAUCAUAUACAAAUAUACAAUAACAGUAAGUUAAUUAUUUGACUGAUAAAUGUUUUAAAUAUAACCCACACAGCACACAUCUUUCAGAAAGCUCUCUGAAAGAUAUCCGAAGGAUAUUUUCUGCCAAAUAUUUUUCAGAAAGUUUUUUGAAAUAUGUGCUGUAUGGGAAAGAUAAAUUUAAGAUUAUCUAUUUCGGUCUGCAGCAAAUCUUGGUGUUCAAUAUAAUUUUUUAUUAAUUUUAAUAUUCUUAGCUUAUAUAAACUGCGCGCCGACAAUUUUGUUAGUCUUAAAACACAGUUCAAUAAAAAAUCCAGGUCCAAAUUCUGGCUGAGGAUUAUUUUCCGCAAUAAAUUAUUUAUAAUUUUUUUUGCCCAACAUUCGUCCAAAUGUGCAUAUUAGCUACGUAGUUUUAUAUGCAUAAUUUUCGAGGUCAAGGAGAUAUCGCGUUCGAGGAUCACCGUCUCUCAGCCUUCUCUCUGAUUCAGACAGACUUACAGAAUGUAUACCGAUAUGAUGAUCUCUAAUCACAUGGACAUGUGAAAAGUCGAUACGACAGAUAUUUUAACUUGAAUAGUCAACUUUAACAAAUAAAAUUUCGUUUUAUGACCAGA